UCUAGUCAAAUACCAGUGAAACGUCACGAACGAAUAUUGACGCAGUGCGCAGAACCGGAAGUCGCGCAGUAUCCGGUUAAACAGCACCGACGAUGGUGUAUGUGUCAAAUGGUCAGGUUCUGGACAGCAGGAGCCGGUCGCCAUGGAGGUUGUCUUUCUUCAGUGACCUGUUUUGGUCUGCAGUCGAGUUCAUUGGCUUGUUCUUCCAGACGCUUAUUCAGCCAGAUCUGUCCAAAGAUGGACGCAACAGCGCAACGUCUCGCUUCAGCGACGGCAGAGGUCCUCCUGGAUUCCCUGGCGGCCGCAGACGGAUGGGUAGAAUAAACCAUGGCGCAGGUCCCACUCCUCCUCCCAUGGGCGGGGGCGGAUGAGGAAGGUAAACGCCUGCACACUGUUGCAGGCGCAGAGGACUGUGAUGCGCUGCUGCUCACGUAGGGCUCCGUACGUCACGCUCCUCUUCCCGCGGCUGCCGCUGCCGUCACGCAGCUUCUUGACGUUACUCUGGGAAUUCCUUGUCCGAGGGGCCAGAGUGUCUGAUCAUGGUGGCCAAACCCCAACACACACACACACACACACACACACACGUGUUACAUAACUCCACUCUCUGUUUUUUUUAGUAAUAUCUUAUGAAAUAUAUGUAGUAUCAGAUAUUGUAUGUAAAAUUUGCAUCAAUAAAGAUAAGUUAUGUUGAUGAUCAUUUGA